CUUCGUUUACUUCAGUGAAUAUCGAAAAUGUCUGGAAGAGGAAAGGGAGGAAAAGGACUCGGUAAAGGAGGCGCCAAGCGUCACCGUAAAGUCCUCCGUGAUAACAUCCAGGGAAUCACCAAGCCCGCUAUUCGCCGUCUGGCUCGCCGUGGUGGAGUCAAGCGUAUUUCUGGUCUCAUCUAUGAGGAGACCCGCGGAGUGUUGAAGGUCUUUCUGGAGAACGUCAUCCGUGAUGCCGUCACCUACACCGAGCACGCCAAGAGGAAGACUGUCACCGCCAUGGAUGUGGUCUACGCUCUCAAGAGACAGGGACGCACUCUGUACGGCUUCGGAGAGCCGUUGUGUGUGGUCUGGGUCUGGUGGGGUCUACUUCUUGGCGGCCUUCUCGGUCUUCUUGGGCAGCAGAACAGCCUGGAUGUUGGGCAGCACGCCGCCCUGAGCGAUGGUGACUCCUCCCAGCAGCUUGUUGAGCUCCUCGUCGUUGCGGACAGCCAGCUGCAGGUGACGGGGGAUGAUCCUGGUCUUCUUGUUGUCCCGGGCGGCGUUCCCGGCCAGCUCGAGGAUCUCAGCGGUCAGAUACUCGAGCACAGCCGCCAGGUAGACGGGGGCUCCGGCGCCAACGCGCUCAGCAUAGUUUCCUUUGCGGAGCAGUCUGUGGACACGACCAACAGGGAACUGGAGCCCGGCACGGGAGGAGCGGGUCUUUGCCUUGGCUCUGGCCUUUCCGCCUGUCUUGCCUCGUCCAGACAUGUAAAUAUGUCUGGAAGAGGCAAGGGAGGAAAAGGACUCGGUAAAGGAGGCGCCAAGCGUCACCGUAAAGUCCUCCGUGAUAACAUCCAGGGAAUCACCAAGCCCGCUAUUCGCCGUCUGGCUCGCCGUGGUGGAGUCAAGCGUAUUUCUGGUCUCAUCUAUGAGGAGACCCGCGGAGUGUUGAAGGUCUUCCUGGAGAACGUCAUCCGUGAUGCCGUCACCUACACCGAGCACGCCAAGAGGAAGACUGUCACCGCCAUGGAUGUGGUCUACGCUCUCAAGAGACAGGGACGCACUCUGUACGGCUUCGGAGGUUAA